AUGGCCCCUGCCGGCGUCCACCUCCUGGUUGCCCUGCAGUUGCUCCCCGCCCUCGCCAUUGGCGUCCUGAGGCACGCCAGUGCCAGCGAGAGGACGGCGGGAGGCCUGGGAAGGGCUGCGCGCGCAGACCGCAGCGCCAGCGCGGCCGAGAAGUCCGCGGCGGGCUCGGAGAGGGCCGCCGCGGGGGCGCGCGUCGCCAGCGCGGCCGAGAGGCUCGAGGCGGGGGCGGGCAGGACAGCACGAGCGGCGACGACGGCUCGGACGACGCGGUACAGUGCGUCUAGUGGUGGCCAGGAUACGAAGACGACCUCCUUGGGCAAGAUGAACAAGAUGGGCGUCACCCGGUACAAGCGGCAGGCCCGCCAGAAGACCAAGCGAAGCGAUGGUAAGUUCUUCUGGCCCGACCCCGUCAACCGCGAGGGGGAAGUCUACUCUGGCGCGACGGACCUUCUGGAUAACAUCUCUUGGGGAUGGCACCAUCCGACAGGCGUUUACAGCACCAUUCCAGUCGGCAGCCCGCUCUUCGACGACGAGCAAAAUAUCUACAUCGGAUCCGACGACGCCAUCCGGAAGUUCGAUGUCACAGGCACCAUCCUCUGGAGUUACGCCCCCCGAGGCCAGCUUGCGGCGGCUCCCACCCUGAUGCUCGGCAGCAGCCGGCGCCUGGCGGCCCGCGUGGACUCUGAGGAAGUGGCCGAAGAGGAGAACCUGGUGCGACCAGACUGGGCAAGCGCCAACGAGUCAGCCAAUCCCGUGGUCUUCAAUCAGUUCAAGGUCGGUGACCUCGUCAAGGUGAAGCCUGGAUUCGGCUAUCGGGCAGACGGCAAGGACCUCUACAAGGCCGGCGACGUGGGCACGAUCACCGGCGUCAUGCAGGACGGAGAGGGUAGCAGGGCCGUCAUCUCGUGGACGCGCAGCGGGCACAAGAGCAUGGUGAAGCUUCACGCCUUACAGGACCGCUUCCUGCGCGUUCAGCAGCAGCGGACGGAGGCUGCCACAUUGCCCUCCAUGCUGGUAGGGAGCACCACCUCCGGCUUCGUGUUCGCGAUCGACCUCGCAAGCGGAGAGGAGUUGUGGGUAACUUGGGCCUCCAACGACAUUGCUGGCGUCAAGGGCGCUGUUGCUGGCAAGGAUGGAAUCAUUGUGGUCGCAACCGACAAGUGCUCUGACCGGUAUUGCUACAGGUACCGCAACCAGACCAAUCCCCUCACGCCCGGCAAUUCCAAGGUGCGCGGCCUGAGCGCAGUGGAUGGCACCGCAGUCUGGGAGUUCAAGACUACAUCGCCUGUGUGGAACAUGGUCCCGCUCUGGGGCCCGGACGACACGGUGUUGUUCCAGGACUGGGAGGGCAGGCUAUACUCCCUGGACCUCCUGACCGGCGGGCUCAGAUUCAAGGUCGGUGGCGACAUCGGGACGCACACCCACGCAGCCGCCACGUACGAUCCAGGGCACAAUAUCGCUUUCGCCCUGGGCAUGAGGCACUAUAACGUGGAGAACUACCACAUGGAUGACGCCAUCGGCACCGACGGGGGCAAAUACUGCAACCCUUAUGUAGCACCUGGCAUUCUCAUCAACUGCUGGACGUGGCCUGGCGGAAGGGGCUUUGUCCGCGGAUACAACGCAUCCUCUGGCAGGAUGAUCUGGGACAGGGCAACGCCAGAGCCGCCGGCCAGCGCUGCCACUGGCAUGCUCACUUCGCUUGGUCAUACUCGACUGGUCGUUACCAUGGCCUUCAACUGCAGAUUCAACUCCCCCUCCCAGAUCUGGGCCCUCGAUCCCAACAACGGCGACAUCCGGUGGAUGAGGGACGGCCCGACGCUGUGGACAAACCAGUGUGCUGGCGACAGGGAGGGUGCCGACAUUCGCCGAGCCAUGGGGGGCCGCGCCACGUGCUACCCCAACAGCUGGUCGUUGCCAGUGAUCGAUGCGCAGGGCGACGUGUAUGUUGGCCACCAGGUCGGCGUUCUGCAGCGAUGGGGCACGCCCACGGGGCUCGGGGGAGCCAGGAAUGUCCAGCUGCUCUCGACUCUGACGACCGGCGUGGCCUUCCAGGAUGCAUCCAUCGCGUUCUCUUCGGACCUCAUGGCCGUGUCCACAUGCACCUCCCUUAUGGUGUUCCAGACCUACACAGAGCAGUUCGCGAACGGCACCUCUUGGUCGGUCUCGCACGACGAGUACUCCCCGAGUGCUGGGAUGGUCCAUGGCGACGAAGUGAGUCACAAUAUCAGUGAGACUCCGCACAUUGUCCCUACGGGAGCUCCAGGGUCUGGGUCGAGCCCCUGGGAUGUCCGAUAG